CUUGAAAUUUUAUUCUAUCAUCAAAGCAAAAUUUAGUAACCUAAAGUGGCCUGAAAUAUUUAUUAGCACAUGCCAUCAAUCGGGUAUAAAUAGUGUAAGAAUUUAGUGGUUUUUCAUUGUCUAGCCUAGUCUUCCAUAACCAUGUCCGUGAACAGCAAGAGACUAUGCUAUUUCUUCUACAUUUUGUCAUUUUUUCUUCAUACAACUACACCUUCAGAUGCCCAAGACCAGGGACAGAUUGGAUCAGGGUAUCAAGUAAUCUCGUCGGUCGUUGAUGGUUCCGGCCGGUCGCUGACUGCUCGGCUUCAAGUCAUCCAGAACUCUUCUGUUCUUGGACCAGACAUUGUGAAUCUGAGCCUUGUUGCCAGCUUUGAGAAUGGAGGCCGUUUGAGAGUAAAGAUCACAGAUGCAGAUAAGCAGAGAUGGGAAAUCCCAGAAGAGUUCAUACCCCGGAAAGCAGCAAAUUCUUCAUCUGCAUUACCAUUAUCGGAGGGAGAGAACACUACUGACGGAUUAUCCAUCACUCACCCGACCUCAGAUCUCGUUUUCAGUCUCUUCAACACCACCCCUUUCGGCUUCUCCGUCCACCGGAAAUCCUCAAAGGACAUCCUCUUCGAUGCAUCACCGACAACAAACGGAUCUAACAACGAAACGCUAUUGAUCUUCAAGGAUCAGUACCUACAGCUGUCGUCUUCACUGCCGUCCAACCGCUCGUCUCUGUACGGGAUCGGAGAGCACACGAAAGGAACGUUCAAGCUCCAGAGCCCUCAGACCUUGACGCUCUGGGCGGCUGAUAUCGCUAGCUUCAACCGCGACCUCAAUCUGUAUGGAUCCCACCCCUUUUACCUGGACCUCCGCUCGUCCGGAGCCGCCCAUGGCGUCUUGCUUCUCAAUAGCAACGGCAUGGACGUCGUCUACACCGGCGACAGGAUCACGUACAAGGCGAUCGGCGGUAUCCUCGACCUCUAUUUCUUCCCGGGUCCCACGCCGGAGCUGGUUUUGGAUCAGUACACCGAUCUCAUCGGCCGUCCUGCCCCUAUGCCUUACUGGUCUUUUGGAUUCCACCAGUGCCGUUAUGGUUACAAGGAUGUCGAUGACCUUGAAGGUGUAGUCGCUGGCUAUGCAAACGCCUCAAUACCACUUGAGGUUAUGUGGACGGAUAUUGAUUACAUGGAUGCCUACAAGGAUUUCACUUUGGAUCCAGUGAACUUCCCCGCUGAUAGGAUGAAAGCGUUUGUUGAUCGGCUUCAUAAGAAUUCCCAAAAAUAUGUUGUGAUUGUUGAUCCAGGGAUUGGUAUAAACGAGUCAUAUGGCACCUACAAGAGAGGGCUUGAAGCUGAUAUUUACAUCAAGCGUGGCGGUGUGCCUUAUCAAGGACAAGUUUGGCCAGGGAAUGUAUAUUUUCCUGACUUUGUAAACCCAGCCACCACAGCCUUUUGGAGUAGUGAGAUCAAUAUGUUCAGAGAGACCAUUCAAUUCGAUGGUCUUUGGAUUGACAUGAAUGAACCGUCAAAUUUCAUAACAUCUCCUUCCGAUUCAAAUUCCACCCUCGACAACCCUCCUUACCAGAUUAAUAACUCCGGAAACAAGAGGGCGAUCAACGAGAGGACUGUCCCAGCAACAGCCCAACAUUUUGGUGGCAUUGUGGAGUAUGACGUUCAUAACCUGUACGGUUUUCUGGAAUCAAAGGCUACUCACCAAGCUUUAUUGAAUGUUACUGGGAAGAGACCUUUUGUGCUGAGCAGGUCUACUUUUGUGGGUUCUGGAAAGUAUGCUGCACACUGGACUGGUGACAAUGCGGCCAGCUGGGAUGAUUUGGCAUUCAGCAUUCCAGCAAUUUUGAAUUCUGGACUUUUUGGCAUUCCCAUGGUUGGCGCUGACAUUUGUGGCUUUGCUAGAAGUACCACUGAAGAACUUUGCCAGCGGUGGAUGCAGUUAGGGGCAUUCUAUCCAUUUUCAAGAAACCAUGGGGACAAGUCGAGCAACCGUCAUGAGCCGUACAUCUGGGAAUCAGUGGCUGCAUCAGCCAAGAAAGUGCUGGGGUUGCGCUACCGCCUGCUCCCAUACUUCUACACAUUAAUGUACGAGGCACACCUUCGUGGGGUCCCUAUCGCAAGGCCGCUUUUCUUUUCAUUCCCUAAUGACAUCAACACACACGAAGUCUACUCCCAGUUCCUCAUCGGCGAGGGCGUGCUGAUAUCCCCUGUACUAACCAGUGGUGCUGUCUCAGUUGAAGCAUAUUUCCCAGCCGGAACAUGGUAUGACCUCUUCAACUAUUCCAACUCUGUGAAGUCAGAAUCUGGGGGUAAUGUGACUCUUGAUGCUCCUCUCGAUCACAUUAAUGUUCAUCUCCGGGAAGGACAUAUUCUAGCAUUGCAGGGAGAAGGUUUAACUACACAGGCAGCCAGGAACACUUCAUUUGAGCUUGUGGUGGCACUUGGCAGCACCCGGGACAGUUCUGGUGAAGUUUUCUUGGAUGAUGGAGAAGAGGUCGAAAUGGGCGGUGUGGGAGGCAAAUGGAGCUUAGUGCAUUUCCAAACCAAGACUGUUGGGGAUAAUGUAACUCUUACGUCAGCGGUCACAAACCCGGAUUUUGCUGUCAGCAGUGGUUGGAUUAUAGAGAAAGUUACUGUUCUUGGAUUGAAUAAUAGCACCGGUGUUGUGGAGAUCCCUGGGCUAAAUCUGCCUAUUGGGAAAGACUUCACUUUGGAUCUAUCAUCCCAUUAGUGAGAAGGCAAACAUGAUCAGUACUUAUAUUGUUAGUUUGCCUUAUAGAUACCAUUUUAUUUUUUUGUGUUCUGUACUGCAAUGACAUUCAAUUAAUAAAAAGUGAUCAGAAAUAGAUGCAUACCAAUGUUUUGUGCUCAUAUAUUCAUUUUUAUCUACAAAUUAACGAGAUGCUAGUCUCAGCAUUUUACAGUGA